AGCACACAGCCGUUUCCACUGAGCCUCUAAAGCGCACACCGGACACGGAGAUGCAGCCCAAACUUCACCUCUCCUUCGCAGUUAUUGCUGUGCUGGCAGUUUGCAGUCCGUCAGAGGCAUGGUACAAGCAGGUGGCCGGUCCCAGCUACUACUCCGUGGGCAGGGCGUCCGGUUUGCUGUCCGGGAUCCGGAGGUCACCGCACGUCAGGAGGGAGGAAAGCCCGUCAGACAGCGGCGAGACGGAGAUCAACAGCGUGUUGUCUGAUCUGAUUUCUCACAACUCCAUCCUCAAAACCAUGCCCAUUUGCCUCAAGGACAUUACACCAAACCUGCAGAGCUGCGAAUUGUCCCAAGAAAUCAAGGGAUCAUUUAAAUGCAAAGCAGAUGUCUUCCUCUCCCUGGAUUCUUUGGACUGUGCAGGAGACUGAGACACCAGCAACGUUGAUGGAUGAUGGAGGCGAAUUCAAGUUAUAUAUAACAACAUGAAACAAAGUGUUAGAAUUAAGGAGAGCAAUGUUCUGGAUGGAAGUUGUAACUUUUUCCAUGUACCAUUUUACCUGGUGUAUUGAUUUUAUGGGCAAAAGCUUUUAAAACACCUAAACUGCAAAAGCUGUGGAUGAAUGUACAUAUGUGAGCUGUAAUUUCAUUAAUAAAAAAAAGCUUGUUGAAAAUGCAAAAUCUG